ACCUUCACAUCCUGGUCGCUGUGUGUAAAGUUGCGGCGCUGCGGUCGACGUCCAGUGUCUUGUCAGUCACAGACACACCAUCAUUGUAAGUCUUCAUCACCGGAGUCAACGAGCAUCAUGAGGUACAGGGUGGUCACUACUUACCUCAUGUACCUGCUGUUGGUGCCAAACCUGGCUCAAGAGUUCAGAGCUCGUGUGGUCGGUGGCACAGCGGAGGCGGGACGUCUGGAAAUCUUUUACGAUGGAGAUUGGAACACAGUGUGUGAUGACGGUUUUGGACAAGAAGAAGCUUUGGUAGCCUGCAGGAUGUUAGGAUUCAACAGCACAAUAGCAGUAGCCGUGGGGUCAGCCAAGUACGGAGCAGGCUCUGGUGAUAUUCUGUUUGAUGAGCUGCAGUGUGUGGGGAACGAAACCAGCCUGGAGCAGUGUCAACAAUCGGGGCUCUACAGAGACAACUGUGAACACUGGCAGGAUGCCGGCGUCAUGUGCAACUUUAGUCAGGAGACCACUCAACAGUUCAGAGUUCGUGUGGUUGGUGGCACAGCGGAGGCGGGACGUCUAGAGAUAUUGUACGAUGGAACAUGGAACACAGUGUGUGAUUACGGUUUUAGACAGGAAGAAGCUUUGGUAGCCUGCAGAAUGUUAGGAAUCAACAGCACAACAGCAGUAGCCGUGGGGUCAGCCAAGUACGGAGCAGGCUCUGGUCCUAUUCUGUUCAGUGACCUGCGGUGUGUGGGGAACGAAACCAGCCUGGCGCAGUGUACACACUGGGGACUGUACAGACACGACUGUGAACACUCAGAAGAUGUCGGCGUCAUGUGCAACUUUACUCAGCAGAUGUCAGCUCGUGUAGUUGGUGGCACAGCAGACGCAGGACGUCUAGAGAUAUUGUACGAUGGAACUUGGGGCACAGUGUGUGAGGAUGGAUUUGGACAGAGAGAGGCCUUGGUAGCCUGCAGGAUGCUAGGAUUUAACAGUACAACAGCAGUAUCCGUGGGGUCAGCCAAGUACGGAGCAGGCUCUGGUCCUGUUAUGUUCAGUAACCUGCAGUGUGUGGGGAACGAAACCAGCCUGGCGCAGUGUGAACACUGGGGGCUCUACAGACAAGACUGUGAACACUGGCAGGAUGUCGGCGUCAUGUGCAACAUCACCACACCGAUGACAGCCCGGUUAUAUGGCGGCACGUCUAAGGCAGGACGUCUAGAAAUAUCGGUCAACGGAGAAUGGACUACAGUGUGUGAGGGUGGAUUUGGACAGAGCGAAAUAGAGGUGGCCUGCAGGAUGCUGGGAUUCAACAGCACUACACAAGCAGCUGUGAAGUAUCUUCUAUUAAACGAUGGCUCACGAUUUCAAUUUGGGUAUAUAAAGUGUCAAGGAAUGGAAACAAAUCUUCAACAAUGCGAUAUUGGACAACUUAACAAAAGCAACUGCCUGAAUGUCGGUAUCAUUUCUGACUUCGAAAACUUGAGUCUGCGACUGACAGGACCUCGCCGUACAGUCAGUGACACUGGGCGUGUAGAAGUGGAGAUUGGAAGUAAACAAUUUAGUACAGUGUGUAUAAACAACGAGAAAACUGCCGCAGUCAUCUGCAGACAACUGAAUUUAAGCCCAGAUAGUGCUGCACUGAUAGACGGCUGGUUGUUUGGACUAGACAGUAACCCUUUACUUCAAGCUACAUUUGUUUGUGAUGGAACAGAGAACAGCCUGGAUAACUGUGGGCGAAAUAACACUGCGAAGGAAUGUUAUUCCAAUGAUGUUGGCAUCUCUUGCAGCAGAAGUUUUUACAAACGUCUUUUACUAGUUUCUCGGGACGAAAGGUACCCGUUUAUAGAAGGAGCAAACAAAGCUCUGAGGUGCGUAACGCCACGAACUUAUCAACGGGUAUCUGAGUACACAUGGGAAGACACAGCUGGUGGUCGUCCUAAUGGCGAAUUUCUGAUGUUUGACAAUCUGACUAAAGAGUACAAUGGACGUGAAGUGCGAUGCUGCACCAGCUGUCGUGGGAAGGAUUUAAGUUUUGAUGAUACGAUGUUCAGUGACGCUCAUGUGCUGAAGGUUUACUAUAAGCCGUUGAUUACAAUAACAUGGACUAACAACACCGGGGAACAACAGCCCUUGUCAAGUCUUUCUGAGUUAAACCCUGGACACAACGUGACCCUGUGGUGUCAAGCUGACAGCAACCCUCGCCCCGCGUCCAUCACGUGGUCAGGAAGAGUGAACAGCACGACAGGGGACUUACGGAUCCUAGCGGCAGACCACGUGACACACAGCGGUGUGUACACCUGUACCGUCGUCACUCGCAAAGUUGGUGAUGACGACAGACUUCCGCUGACCUCAUCUUACAGGCUCACUCUUAGUGUUCAAGGCACGAGGAUGUAACACCAACCAUGACACUUUGACACAACACGUGUCACGUGAUUUGCGCGCUACUACCAGCAGUACCAGUUGCUGCUUGUUAUUAUUUCUCGAGUCACGUGCCCGAUGUUAUUGUACACCUGCUGCGACACACCAACAAAAGGGCGAGUAACAGGUAAGCGAUUUAAACAUAGCUUGCAAGACAUCUGGUAUAACGGAUAUUUUUGUCCAAGAUCUUUUGUGACCGCUUUGCCAUCGAGUGUUGUGUGUGGGGUUUUUUUUGUAUUUUUUUUUUACAUAUGUUGACCUCUCUCGAUUUGAAUGCGUAUCGUAGUCACUAAUAAGUAUUCAUAAUUCCUUAUAUUAAUUGCAAUGAUCAGACAUAAAUCUGUUGUACUAGAAAAAAGAAUUAUUUAAACAGCAUUUAGUUUGCGUCUAUUUGAUAGUGUUGUUUAUUUGUGUGUGUGUGAGAGAGAGAGAGAGAGAGAAAAUGAGAGAUAGAGAUCAACAUUUUAAUCCUUUUAAUUCUACCAAUUUCUUUUAAUUUACUUUUGCAUGUGUUUCGGAUUUAUGUUUCGUACUUCCUAAGCCCAUUUGAGUUCGUAUACUCUGUAUCUUGUAAUUUUCUUACUGUUUUAUCAAACUUAGUGCUCUUUAAAGAUGCAGUUGGAAACGGGUCAAAGGUCGCUGACGUCAUUCCAACUUUUUUGGUCCAGUCGUUGCUAGGCAACAUUUCUUUGCCUUCCUGUCCAUCGAACAAAGAGCAUGGGGACAAAUAUUUGGAUCAGUAACUUUUGAUAAAUCUGACCAGACAUAAUUCACUCCUUGUAUGAAAAAUAGUCUGUUUUGCUGUAUUUAUAAAAGAAAUGUUGUUGGUCAAGGGAAGACAAUGUGUAUAUGUCAGAGGCAGUUAAGAGAGUGUAACUGAUAAAAAACAAACAUGUAGCAGUGCUGUUAUCAGCUAACAGGAUGAGUAUUUGGAAUAACAAGUAACUUUUUUUUUUCUAAAUCUAGCAUUAGACUUUUAAUUUUUUUAGGUUUUUCAUCUGUAAACUAUGGCUUUUUUAAAAAUAAAACAGAAGGAAAGAAAUUCUCAAAGUAAAAAGUGCUAUUGGUUAAAUAGAGUGCAAUGUGUACUACUGUCCAGUCUAUGACAUCAUAAUACAUAUUCAUCGUGAUCAAAUGGAACAAAAUUAUGUUAAUCAAAUAGAAUGGUCCUUAAUUACAACAACAUUCUUCUUUGCAUCCACUAUUUCUUGCAAUCUUCUACUUUUCUACUUUCCUUUCGCAAGGCUAACAUAAAGACUGUAUUUUUUAUUAUUUUGUCUCGUGUGUCGUCAUCUCUAAGGUAUUAGCAAUAUUCAGUGUUCUUGCCAGACUCUUUUCUCGCCAGUUUUCUUUUGGUCAGCAGGAGAUGGAAGAGGUGCUUUGGACUCAACGGUGUGACAGGACUAAACAUCAACUUGUCUGCUGCCUUCAUUUCCCUGAAAACUGAUAAAAUGAAA